GUACCUUGUAUUUAGAAAUAUCAAUGUAUAGAUAUUCUGACUGAACUAGUAUCAUAUUUAUUGAUUGGCUAUCGUCUGCAUGUGGGUAUAUAUUGAAAGUAAGUUAGACAGAAUCCUGGUAAUAAACAUUCACUGUACGGCGUACGCCGGUACGGCACCUCCCCAACUUUCCUAUUUAUCAUUACCGAAACCUGGACAAUUACCAAAACAACACAUCUUAGCCAUAAUGCAGCUUUCUUGUGCCUUCCUUCUGCUGUCAUUAGGCAGCCUCUACAAUCUAGGACAGGUGGUGGUGGCUCUGGACAACGGCCUUGCCCUCACCCCACCCAUGGGCUGGAUGCACUGGGAGAGAUUCAGAUGUAUAACCAACUGCACUGAACAACCCAAUGAUUGCUUGACGGAAGACCUUAUCAAGAGUCAGGCUGACAAGAUGGUGUCGGAGGGCUACCGUGAUGCUGGUUACGUGUACCUGUCCAUUGACGACUGCUGGAUGGCCAAGGAGAGGGACAGUAACGGGGCUCUAGUAGCAGACCCUGUCCGGUUUCCUAAUGGCAUCAAGGCUCUGGCUGACUAUCUUCACAACAAGGGUCUGAAGUUAGGGAUCUACGAGGACUUUGGUAAGGAAACAUGCCAGGGCUACCCAGGAAGUGAGUUCUACUUGGGAUUGGAUGCCAAGACAUUUGCUAGCUGGGGUGUCGAUCUCCUCAAACUGGACGGCUGUAACUCUGAUGUCAACGACAUGAAAGAUGGAUAUGAAGCCAUGGGUGGAUUCCUCAACAGAACUGGUCGUCCUAUACUUUACCUGUGCUCCUGGCCAGCCUAUGUACAGAAAAAUGCAGCUUUGUCUGACUACCCAGCGUUUCAGAAGACCUGUAACCAGUGGAGGAACUUUGAUGAUAUCCAGGACUCGUGGGACUCGGUGUACAGUAUUAUUGACUACUACGGAUCAAACCAGUAUAACCUGACCGCCUUUGCUGGACCUGGGUCCUGGAACGACCCAGACGAGUUGAUCGUGGGAGGUUUCGGUCUGAGUCCUAACCAGGAGAUGGUACACAUGGGGAUGUGGGCUAUGAUGGCGUCCCCCCUGUUUAUGUCCCUGGAUCUCCGUAACGUCAGACCAGAGUCCAAGGCACUUCUCCUUAACAAGAACCUCCUCACCAUCAAUCAGGACCCUCUGGGGAAACAGGGUCAACGACUUUGGAAGAUUAACAAAGCAGAAGUGUGGAACAAACCUUUAUCUAAACCGGGUGUGUCAGCACUGGCCAUUAUAAACACUGACAACCAAGGUGCCCCGAGGGUGUUCCAUCUUUCUCCAUCAGAAUUAGGACUACCACAGGCUGCCAAGUACAACAUGACUGAUGUGUUCACAAACAAACACUACGGACCUUUCAUGUAUAACCAGUCCAUACAGUUCACAAUCGAUCCUACCAGUAUAUUCAUGGCCAUUGCUGAUCCCUCUUAAUACUCCACAAAUGUAAUAGUCAUUUUCCUGUUGUAACAUCAACCCUAGCUUCCUUUGUGACCUCUGACAUCUAGAAAUCUUACUGAAUUUGAUGUGACCUCUGUUGUGGGUCCUAACAUCCCCUUGAAUGUCUUCUGGUAACUACCUUUGACUAAAACUAUUUUCUGUAACUGUCAUCAACCUUAGUGUUCUUUUGUAGCCUCUGAAAGAACCACUGUAAUUCACAUCUUUUCCCGCUCCAUGUUUUUUUCUCAUGAAUUAUGCCUUUAGGAUUUAAUAUUGUGGUAACUUGAACUCACUGUAAUAAGAUGCUAUUUGAACAUCAAUAUUAAAUUAUCUGUGAAAUUAACACAGGUGUAUUCUCAAAAGAUUUAAAUUGGACUAACUGCAAAUCAACACCAAAAUGAAUCUUUUGCAAAAUUGAAAUUAUUUAAAACCUAGGAGUUGUAAAGCAGGUCUUUCAAUUUUGAAUUAUAAAGAAAAACACAUUCCAAAAGGUACCAAUACCUCUUUUUUGUGCGUAAUAUUGGGGAUAUUUAAUGCGAAUUUACUUGUCAGAAAUGGCAAUUUAUGUUCAUAAUUAUUUAUACUCUCCACACAAUGGAGGGGAGUAUGGAGCAAUUGCUUUGUGUGUCUGUGUGUCAGUACAUCUGGGUGUCAGUACAUCUGUGUGUCUGUAUGUCUGUAUGUCUGUGUGUCUGUAUGUGUGUGUGUCCGUCUGUAUGUCUGUGUG